AGCAGAGGCAAAGCUAGCUAAGUACCUAUUUUGCAAUAUGGAUCUACUAUGGUUCUACUUCUUCGCUCAUCUCUCUUCAGCUGUUGUCAUAAAGUAUGACUGGCAUAUCGGAUGGGGCAUAGCUAAUCCAGAUGGAAACCAAACACGUCCCGUCAUCGCUGUCAAUGGCGUAUGGCCUGCACCUAUGAUUAGGGGAAACGUCAACGAUACAGUUGUUGUCACAGUUCAUAAUAACCUUGGAAACCAGUCCUUGUCUAUUCAUUGGCACGGUCUUCAUAUGGUUGGCAAUAAUAAAGAUGAUGGCAUGCCAGGAGUGACACAGUGUCCACUCGCCCCAGGCACUUCAUAUACAUACACUGUUCAUGUAUAAAUUCUAUACCCUGCCAAGAAUCAUUAAAUAAUUUGAGUCCUGAACAUUAUCUGCAGCUCGAUGAGCCAGGAACAUAUUGGUACCAUAGUAAGUAUUGUCCCAUCCCCUAUCUGGAUCAUAGUUAACAUGAUUAUAUGCCAUUCUCCGAGUCAAUAUGUCGAUGGUAUACGUGGUCCUAUCCUUGUCAACGACCCUCUGUCGCCGUAUGCUGGUCAAAUCGAUGGUGAAUUGGUUGUUACUCUGUCUGAUUGGUACCACGAACAAGGGGCAUCUCUACAAGUAUACUAUUUAUCUUUACCAGGGAACCCAAAUGCUCUUGAGCCUAUUCCCAUGUCUGCUUUGAUGAAUGAUCAGUUGUGGCCAACGUUCUCUGUUCUACCUAACAAAACUUACUUCGUAAGGGUCCUCAAUAUUGCAGGCUAUGCACAAUUCUAUUUCCACAUUGACGGUCACAAUAUGACCAUCAUCCAAGCGGACGGGGUUUAUACGGAUCCUCAGCAGGUUCAGGAUCUCUAUCUUGCCACUGGCCAACGAUACGGAGUCUUGCUACAUACACUACCAACUGCAAAUCAGAACUAUGCGAUUUUGGGGGCCAUGGACAUCGCAGGCUUCCCUCGAUCUGCACCACCGCCAGCUAACCCAAAUGUGACGGGGGUAUUAGUAUACGACCCAUUUCUGUCCAUUCCUUCAACUCCAGUGGUUCAACAGUUCAGCACCUUCGACGACUUCUGUCUAAAUCCUUUUGAUAAAAUACCUCUUCUCUAUCCUCCUAACAAAGAAAUCGUAUUGAACUUGAGUACAUUCUCUCAGACAGUCCCACUAAACGAACAGAAUCGUGGUGGCUUCAACAAUAUCACAUACAUUACACAGAGGGUCCCAUCGCUGUACACUGCCCUUUCCGGGGGACUGUACGCUUUAAACCCAAUUGUGUAUGGUAACCAUUCCAAUCCAUUUGUCCUCAGCCUCGGCGACUUCGUGGAAACAACGAUAUACAACUACGAUACUGGACUACAUCCAAUACACACUCAUGGUCACACUGUUCAGCUCGUGGCUCGUACAGGCAGCGAAUGUAACUACCGAUCAAUACCGAUGAGACGCGACACAUGGAUGGAGCCCCGUUGGAAUAGUUCGGAUCCUAACCAUCCCUCCACUGUCGUCCGUUUCAUAGCAGAUAACCCUGGCAUCUGGUUUUUCCAUUGCCACAUGGAGUGGCAUUUGGUUGCUGUAAGGAUGUUCAAUCGGCGCUCCUGGAAUGGAUAUCAUAUUGGUCGAAGACCCGCUGCAAAUCCAGACAGGACAACCUGAUAUACCAUUGUCGAUGAAGUUGAUCUGCUUGGAACAGGGGAUCCCUCUAAUGGGUAAUGCAGCAGGCAACUGGAUCAAUUUCUUGGAUCUGACAGGCGAGGUGAAUGUGGCUCCAAUGGAGUGCGGAUCCGAUUAUCCUCCGUGUUAAGAUGAGGUUCUUGGGUCCAAAACUCUUAUCUACGACUAUGAAGACUUAAUUGACACUUGUGAAGUACAUUUUGGAGUCCUACGAUUGGAUUUAAAGUAUAUGUGGGUGCACUAAGGUGCAUGUACAUACGUACAAAGCAGUAGAGUCAAUUUCAAUGGGUAAUUCUUCGGUUCUUUUUCU